GCAGCGGUUCCAAGGCUGGCGCGCGUGGGACAAGGCUUCAGUGCUUGCUGAGUACGGUAGCGUCCGGCAUCUCACGACCUCCUUAAGAUGAGUGACCAGGACUCUUCGACGUCCAGCACCUCCUUUCCGAAGUACCUGGAGCACCUCUCUGGGGAUGGCAAAGCCAUCGGUGUCCUGACCAGCGGCGGGAUGCCCAAGGAUGUGCAAGGCAUGAAUGCUGCUGUCCGUGCUGUGGUGCGCAUGGGAAUAUACACGGGGGCCAAAGUGUACUUUAUAUACGAGGGUUACCAAGGCAUGGUGGAUGGAGGCUCCAAUAUUGUGGAAGCCAAGUGGGAGUGUGUCUCCAGCAUUCUACAAGUGGGUGGGACCAUCAUCGGCAGUGCGCGUUGCCAAGCCUUCCGCAGCCGUGAAGGGCGUCUGAAAGCCGCCUGUAACCUGGUACGCUUGGGCAUAACCAACCUGUGUGUGAUCGGUGGGGACGGAAGUCUCACGGGAGCCAACCUCUUCCGGAAGGAAUGGAACGGACUUCUGGAAGAACUGGCUAAGAAUGGUGAGAUCGAUUCGGAUACAGUGAAGAAGCACUCCUACCUCAACGUGGUGGGCAUGGUGGGCUCCAUUGACAAUGACUUCUGUGGCACAGACAUGACCAUCGGUACAGAUUCAGCUCUGCACCGAAUUAUUGAAGUUGUUGACGCCAUCAUGACCACUGCCCAGAGCCACCAGAGAACCUUCGUCCUGGAGGUGAUGGGGAGACACUGUGGUUACUUGGCCUUGGUGAGCGCCUUGGCUUGCGGUGCCGACUGGGUGUUCCUUCCGGAGUCUCCGCCAGAGGAUGGUUGGGAGGAAGAAAUGUGCCUCAAACUCUCCAAGAACCGUGCCCGAAAGAAAAGGCUGAAUAUCAUCAUUGUGUCCGAAGGAGCAAUCGACACCCAAAAUAAGCCAAUCACCUCUGAGAAAAUCAAGGAGCUUGUGGUGAAGAAUUUGGGCUUUGACACCCGGGUCACCAUUCUUGGACAUGUCCAGCGAGGAGGGACCCCUUCUGCAUUUGACAGGAUUUUGGCCAGCCGUAUGGGAGUGGAAGCUGUCCUUGCCUUGCUGGAAGCUACCCCCGAGACCCCAGCCUGUGUCGUGUCACUGAGAGGAAAUCAAGCUGUACGCCUGCCUCUGAUGGAGUGCGUGCAAAUGACCCAGGAUGUACAGAAAGCAAUGGAUGAAAGGAGAUUUGAUGAAGCCGUAAAACUCCGAGGAAGGAGUUUUGAGGGCAACCUGAACACCUACAAGCGUCUUGCCAUUAAGGAGCCUGAUGACAAGAUCCCCAAGAGCAAUUGCAAUGUAGCCAUCAUCAAUGUAGGGGCACCUGCCGCCGGAAUGAAUGCAGCCGUGCGCUCCGCUGUUCGGGUUGGGAUUGCAGAGGGCCACAAGAUGUUCGCAAUCUAUGACGGCUUUGAUGGCCUCGCCAAUGGCCAAAUCAAAGAAAUCGGCUGGGGAGAUGUCGGAGGUUGGACGGGACAAGGAGGGUCCAUUCUUGGGACGAAACGCACCCUACCCGGAAAGUACUUGGAGAAGAUCGCAGAACAGAUGCACUCGAAAAAUAUCAAUGCCCUUCUGAUCAUUGGCGGAUUCGAGGGUUUUCACAGUGCCGUGCUGCUCUCUGAGGCUCGAAACAGUCAUGAUGAGUUUUGCAUCCCAAUAUGUGUCUUGGCUGCCACCAUUAGCAAUGAUGUCCCAGGCACAGACAUAAGUAUUGGUUCUGAUACUAGCCUGAAUGUGGUUGUCCAGACGUGCGACCGCAUUAAACAGUCAGCCAGUGGGACCAAGCGCCGGGUGUUCAUCAUUGAGACCAUGGGCGGAUACUGUGGCUACCUGGCCAACAUGGGGGGACUUGCAGCGGGAGCCGAUGCUGCCUACAUCUUUGAAGAACAAUUUGAUAUCCGAGAUUUGCAGUCCAACGUCAUGCACUUGACGGAGAAAAUGAAGACCAGCAUCCAGAGGGGCCUUGUCCUCAGAAAUGAAAACUGCAGUGUAAAUUACACCACGGACUUCAUCUACCAGCUCUACUCAGAGGAAGGGAAAGGAGUGUUUGACUGCAGGAAGAACGUGCUAGGCCACAUGCAGCAGGGGGGAGCACCUUCUCCAUUCGACAGAAACUUUGGAACCAAAAUAUCUGCCAAAGCUAUGGAGUGGAUCUCGGCCAAACUGAAGGGCUCCCACGGCACAGGGAAAAAAUUUGUUAGUGAUGAUUCCAUUUGUGUCCUGGGAAUUCAGAAGAGAGACCUCCUGUUUAAACCAGUGGCAGAGCUAAGGAAUGCUACUGACUUUGAGCACCGUAUCCCCAAGCAACAGUGGUGGCUGAAACUGCGGCCGAUCAUGAAGAUCUUGGCAAAGUAUGAGGCAAGCUAUGACAUGUCCGACGCAGGCAAGCUGGAGCCAGUGCAAAACCACGAAGAACUAUCAGCCAUCUGAUUAAAUAUGCCAUCCUCUGACCUGCACACUUACCUAGGGAAGCCUGUAAUGUUCUCCAGGGACCACCCCUCUUUGUAACAUAGUUAUUUAUCAGCACUCUAUGCAAGAAUUGUUGGCCGAGUAUUGUCAGCGGUAAUAAUCAGAGAGCAUCACUUGCUAUAACCAUUGACGCAACAGACCCUAAGACAUGAAACCCAGCCUCGCGCGAUUGAUCACGUGUCAGUUUUCUACUGUACCGGGUACUACUGUCUUGUGCUUUACCAUGUGUGUAUCUUGUGGGAUUAAACAUUUGGUUACAACUCC